CAGCAAUCCACAAUCCCAUCGAUUAACUUUCGGUCUCUAUUCUCCACUCACCCAACAUGAAGUUCUUCACCACCUUCACCACUGCCGCCCUCAUGGCUACCGUCUCCAGCCUUGCCGUCGAGACGCGCAAUACCGCCUCUUCCAACAUCGAUCUCGGAGUCAUGGAGUUACCUGUCAUUCCCCAACUUUCAUCCAAUGAAACGGCAACCGGCGUCUCCAAAAGGGAUGUGAACUUGAUGAAGCGCGAGAGUAUGAUUGUAGAUGUUUGGGCCGAUGACAACUUUUCCGGCCGUCACGAGGCUCUGUCUUCCGACUUGAAUCACUGCUACGGCCUCGGCAACGGCUGGAACGAUAUCAUCAGCUCGCUGCGCGUGCAGUCAGGGUACGGCUGCGUGUUCUACGUAGACUCCAACUGCAAAGGAAAUACUUUGACAGUUAGGGGAGACACCCCUUAUCUCCGAACUAUUGGAUGGAGUGAUGUGAUUUCAAGCUACCUCUGUUAUAAGUAAAGGGAUUUUUGGUACAGAGAUUGACCCAGGGCAGCAUUGCUGCUGAAGUUGCCAGUAGAGAUUUUAUCGGUGGGCUUACGAGACUUCUUACAUUCUUGCGAAGUGCGGUCUUUGGAGGCGCAGAGAAUUGGCGGCUUGGUAGUGUGGGAUAAAGGGAUGAGGCGAGAAAGAGAUCUUGUAGUUGCAGAAUGCACGUGUAGGGGUUGCUAGACCCUGCUGCAGAUGUUCGAUGCCUUUAGAAUGCUACUUGCCUAAAUAGGCAAGUAGAAAACGGGGCAAGUUUACGUAACUGAAGUCGUUUGCAUCCUGAAAAGUUCAAAGCC